UACACAUCUCAAGUCGAGAGAACUCUAUAGCCGAUCGCUCCUGAAGGAUUGCCUCCACGAUCACGAUGAUGCAUUGUCUGCUAGGCCCCGAAUGAGUGUCAUUUCUCCUCCGCAUCAACCGGCCUUUCUCUCAUUGUUCUUUCUUCCCUUUAGAUGCCGAUAAAGUUCUUGUAUACCAUCUGGUAUUAGCUGCUUGUCUGAGGUGACAAACAGGCUUAGUCUACUAAGAUUAGUUCCGGUCGAGACUGCAAAUUUGCAGUAUAUCAUCCUGAAUGGUGUGGUAGUGUGUGUGGGAAUAGACGGUUUGCGUGUGAAGGAAAGACUGGAUUAACGCAAAGACUUGCGAACCUGCUAAAAGAGGUUUUACUGUCAAGAUGAGUGGAGAAAUUUUUCCAUCUUUUCCAAGAUUUGUUCCUGUUGUGGAUGGACAUCAUGGAAUAACAAGUGUCUCAGAUUCUAAAUCAGAUAAGACAGGCUGUCUUAUCCGUGUUGUUUCAUAUAACAUUCUGGCACAGGCAUAUGUGAAGAGUUCUCUCUUCCCGCACUCUCCAUCACCUUGUCUUAAGUGGAAAGCCCGUUCGCAAGCAGUUCUGGCUGAACUUAGGAGCUUGGACGCUGACUUUCUCUGCAUACAGGAGCUGGAUGAAUAUGAAAGCUUUUACAAAAGAAAUAUGGAGAACCUUGGAUAUUCAAGUAUUUAUAUUCAACGAAGUGGGAAGAAGCGUGAUGGAUGUGGUAUAUUUUACAAGUCCAGUAGAGUGCAAUUGAUUAUGAAGGAGACAAUUGAGUAUAAUGAUCUGGCCAGUUCAAUUGAAGAUGAAAUUCACCUCCGGUGUGCUGUUGGGCCUAGGUCUGCAUCAGAACCCAAACACAAUAGCCUUCCUACUGUGAACAAGACUUCUGAUGCUGCCCAAGACAUCAAUCAGAAUGAACGUGGGGAUCCUAAUGAUCCUUAUGUGAGACUAAAACGUGAUUGUGUGGGGAUACUGGCUGCAUUUAGGCUCCUUGACGACUUCCAGCAUUUGGUUGUUUUGGCUAAUACACACAUUUAUUGGGACCCUGAAUGGGCAGAUGUCAAGCUUGCACAAGCAAAGUAUCUUCUAUAUCGCCUUGCACAAUUCAAAGCCAUUGUGUUGGAAAGGUUUAAUUGUGAACCUGCAGUUGUUGUAGCUGGUGAUUUUAAUUCUACACCUGGAGAUAAGGUUUACCAGUUCAUGUUGUCUGGCCAUGACGCUACUUCUAUAUCUGGCCAGAGCACUUCACCUCUAGACCUGCCAGAUCAAAGCCCGAUUGCACUAAAGAGCCUUUAUGCAUUUGUUAAAGAGGAACCCGCCUUUACAAAUUGUACACCAGGUUUUACUGGAACCUUAGAUUACAUCUUUUUUGCUGACACAGAUCACCUGAAACCUGUAAGUACUCUUCAACUUCCUGAUCCUGAAUCUUCUGAUGUUGUUGAGGGACUGCCAAACUACAAGCACCCAAGUGAUCAUCUUCCAAUUGGUGCUGACUUUGAGAUCAGCGGUCAAGCAUAAUAAUGACAAUCGGUGGUGGACUCGCAACCACAGGGCAAGCCACUCAUAGUGGGGAGGAGCUGUUUAUUGCUUCAGCUUUUCAGCAAGAACGUACACCACCUUUUGAGCUCUCAGGCUUGAACUGUUAGAAAAGAAAGACCUAAUUCAUUACGAAACCGGUGAGAUCUGGAAAAUUUUGUUACGGAAAGUGUUGCACAUAUAGAUUUUCAAGAUUACAUAAGAAUACAUAAUGAAUAUAAGAGCCUCAUCACACCGAACGUUGUAGUCCUUUGUACUACUAAAAAAAUUUCACGAUUCUGGGUUUAUAUGAUCAAAUUUUGAAAA